AUGUCUUACUAUCUGUUCCGAGAUCUGAACCUUUCCCUAAAGAAAAUCUACCACACUGAAACCUUCUUCACAGAAACCUACCUUACAGAAACCUACUUUAUAGAAAUCUACCCCACAGAACAACCUACCUCACCAAAACCUAUCACACAGAAAUUCUACCCCACAGAACAACCUACCUCACCAAAACAUAUCACACAGAAAUCUACCCCACAGAACAAGCUACCUCACCAAAACCUAUCACACAGAAAAUCUACCAAACAGAAGCCUAAAUCACAGAAAACCUACCUCACCAAAACCUAUCACACAAAAAAAAUCUACCCCACAGAACAACCUACCUCACCAAAACCUAUCACACAGAAUAUCUACCCCACAGAACAACCUACCUCACCAAAACCUACAAUACAGAAAAUCUACCAAACAGAAAUCUACCCCACAGAACAACCUACCUCACCAAAACCUAUCACACAGAAAAUCUCCCCCACAGAACAACCUACCCCACCAAAACCUAUCACACAGAAAUUCUACCCCACAGAACAACCUACCUCCCCAAAACCUAUCACACAGAAAAUCUUCCCCACAGAACAACCUACCUCACCAAAACCUAUCACACAGAAAAUCUACCAAACAGAAACCUAA